CAUUCACUUCACACUGACUUGUGAUUCUGCCUUUGGUUGAGCUUGUGCUUUCCUACUUGAAGCCACACCUGUAUGAACAUGUCCAAGUAUUGUGACCAGGACUCCUACAUGGAGGAGAUUGAUGAAGACAACAUUCUAGCAGGUCUUUCAGCUGAAGAGCUCCAGCAGCUCCAGAAGGAGAUGGAUGAUAUUGCCCCGGAUCAGACAGUACCAGUGGGAAUGAGACAAAAUAACACAUCUGUUGAAGCAAAGACUCAAGCAGACAAAGAAGGGGAAUCUGAGGAUCAGGAAGACAUUGAUGAAGAUGUGAUUCUGGCAGGUCUCUCUGCUGAAGAGCUCAAAGAGCUCCAGAAUGAGAUGGAGGUAAUUGUUCCUGACGAGAGAGUGCCAGUAGGGAUGCGACAAAAAGACCAGACUGAUAAACCGCCAACAGGUUCAUUUGACCAUAGAUCACUAGUGGACUACCUGUACUGGGAGAAAGAAUCUAAACGUUUACUAGAAGAAGAAAGAAUCCCAACAACCCUGCUUCCCAGUCAGAAAAAAAGGGAGGAAGAGCUGAAGAAUGCAGUGAAAGAAGAUAAUAAAAAUAUUGAAGUAGAAUAUGUGAAUGAGGAGAUAGUGGAAGAUGCUGAGAUAGGGGAUCAUGAAGAAGUGAUUGAGGAAGUGACUGAAGAGGUAAAAGACAAAGUGGUGGAUGUAGAAGUUGGUGAAAAUGAAAAGAGCCAGUCAAUUAAAACAGAAGCUCAAGAAAGUAGCAUUAUGUUUGCCAACUCUCAGCCAGCUCCAAAUUUCCCUGAUUCACAAAAAGAGAAAGAAUCUCAGAAAGCUGAAUUGAAUGAGGAUGACUCAACAAUAGAUAAAAUGAAGGAAGCAGAUCAGAUUAAAUGUGAACCUGCUCCUUCAGCCUAUGAGAACUGGGUUCCUAAGAAAGAAGAGAGAGUCAUAUCCAAGUUGAAGAUCCCAAAGCUUGCACUUGGUGAUGGUUUGAUUAAAAAAACUGCAAGACCAUCGGGGAACGAUACCAAUCUGGAAACCACCCUGGACAAAAUCCGCAGUCAUAACUCUUCUAUCACUGAGGUUAACCUAAACAAUAUUGAGAACAUUCCUAAAGACAUGCUCUUAGACUACAUUGAGGCCCUGAAGAAGAACAGGCAUGUGAAGACCUUCAGCAUUGCAAACACAGGUGCAGACGAAAAUGUGGCCUUUGCCUUGGCUAACAUGCUACGAGAGAACAGGAGCAUCACCACACUGAACAUUGAAUCCAACUUCAUUACUGGAAAAGGUAUCAUUGCAAUCAUGCGCUGUCUACAGUUCAAUGAGACUUUGACAGAACUCCGCUUCCACAAUCAGAGACACAUGUUGGGCCAUCAUGCAGAGAUGGAAGUAGCACGUCUCCUGAAAGCUAAUAACACUCUGCUUAAGAUUGGCUACCAUUUUGAGCUUCCUGGGCCCAGGAUGGUAGUGACCAACUUGCUCACUAGGAACCUUGACCGGCAGCGACAACAAAGGAAGGAAGAGCAGAGGCUUCAGCAGAUAAAAGAGCAACAUCAGAUCAUGGAGUUGUAUGAGAGCCACCUGAACUUGCCACCUGGUCUGCUGGAGAUGUUAGGAGGGUAUAUUCCUGGAAUGGAACUUCUGUGUCCUGCUCAGGGUCCUCAGCAUCUUUCAGAAAAAUCUCAAGGACCUCCCAUAGUAUCAACACCAGGUCGCCAGCUACACAAGACACACCACCCUACUCGACAACAUCCACCCAGUUCAGAUUCAGACUCCGGCAAUAUACUAAAAGAUGUGAAGCUUAAGAAGACUCCUAAACGCCGUGACCCACUCCUGGAUUUAACUAAAAAAGAAGAGAAAAGAGAUGGGAGGGCUAAGAUUCAGUUACGAAGCAUGCCCAAGCAGACAAACACAGCAAGUGAAGACUUUCUGGAUGACAGGGCCAACUUGAAAGAUGUGAUAAAGGCACUGAAGCCAGUUCCCCGAAGAAGGCAGCCACCAAAAGUAGAACUAACGCCACGUGACCUACUCCUCAGUGAAAUUAGACAGAGCAAUGUGGCCUAUCUGAAAGCGGUGCCUCUUCCCAAAGUUCUGGAAUCAAGGGAAACCAGUCUUUUAUGAUGACAACAUGCUUUUAGACAGACUGCUCACCUGUACCUGUAGCCAAUACGGGCCUAAUCAGAUGUUGCUGUAUGAGCCAUACACUGCCAUCAUUUUACAUUUAACGCUGUUUUGAUCAUGGUGUGGUUUCUCUAUCAGCCUUUAAGUAAUAUGACAGCUGCAUGAAA